AUGGGGUUAGCUGAUGCAAUCCUUGGAAUGAAAAUUCUCAGGACAGCUGAUGGAAUAACAUUGAUACAAUCUCACUACAUCGAGAAAGUGCUCAAAAGGAAGACUGAUGAUCAAUAUACGUACGAGCCUCAGUUCGUGGAGGAUGCUGGUAAUGUAGAUGAAGAUUAUGUUCCAUCGUCUGAAGCCGAGACUGAUACAAGCGCCUCUGAAGACUUGUCGGAGCCAGAGAACGUGAGAAGGGCGGGGAUUGAAUAUGCAGGUUGGCAGAAUUUGCAGAUCGACGAGGAUGAUGACGAACAGGGCAAGGAAUUUUCUAUCAGCAAAUCAGACAGCAGACGAGUCUACGUCAAAUGCAAGCAUUCAGAUACGUGCCCCUUCAAGCUCCAUGCAUCGUCACAAGAUGGAGUCAUUUGGGGAGUGUAUAAGUUCACCAAUGAGCACUCAUGCGACGGUGAGCUAGGGCGCGUAGCGCGAAUAAAGGCCCCCGCAAAAGUCGUCGCAGCAUAUUUAGCACAGAAGAUACACGACGAUUGCGAGAUCUUGAAGCCGAAGGCCAUCCAGCUGGAGCUGCGACGUGAGUUUAGCGUACAGAUCAAGUACGAUGUUGCAUUGCGAGCCCGUAAUCGAGCCACUGAGAUGGUUUAUGGUCGACAUGAUCAGUCCUUCGAGAUGCUGCCCAAGUACUUAUACAUGUUGAGACAAUCCAAUCCCGGUUCGAGGGUGGAGUGGGAAGUUGACGAUGAUGGCCGAUUCAAACACUUAUUUGUUGCUCUUGCAGCUUCGGCUACCCCUUUCAUGUUCAGCUUACGGCCAGUGAUUGUCGUCGAUGGCACACACUUGAAGGGCAAGAAUAGGGGUAUUUUGUUUGUUGCAGUGACGAAGGACGGCAACGAGAGUUUGUUCCCACUCGCGUAUGGUGUUGGCCCGAAAGAAAACGAUGAAUCGUGGAGUUAUUUCAUGUCACGCAUUCGACGUGUUUAUGGCCAAGCCGAUCCACUUUUGAUUGUCUCUGAUCAGCAUAUCUCCAUUGCCAAUGCUAUCAGGAAUGAGUUACCAAAUGCAACCCACGGCCUAUGCUACUACCAUUUGCAAAAUAACCUGAAGCAUUACGGUAAGGCAGUGGUCGAGGUGUAUCGACAAGCUGCAUUUGCGUACGAGAAGUCCGACUUCAAUAGGGCUAUGAACGCCCUGAAGGUUAUGAAGAGAGCCGCGUACGAUAAACUAAUGGGGAUUGGGCCGGAGAAGUGGGCUCGUUCGAUGUGUCCUAUGCCUGUGCGACGCUACAGUUUUAUGACAUCAAAUGCUGCUGAAGCUUUUAAUUCCAGAUUGUUGUGGGCAAGAAGACUUCCUAUAUGCUCGAUGUUAGAGGCAAUCAGAAUUGUUAUUGAGAAAUGGUUCAGCGAGCGACUAAGGAGUGCACAACAAAUCGAGCAAGGCUUGACUGUUGAGGCUGGUAAAAGGGUAGCUAUUGAAGUCCAAAAAAGUCGUCGAUACACUGCACAAAGGUUGAGUGGCAUGAAGUAUAAGGUGCAAACUGCUGACAGAAGCUUCAAGGUGGAUCUAGAGAAGAAAAAAUGCGAAUGUCGAGUAUUUCAGCUAGACCAACUGCCCUGUUCUCAUUCAAUCGCUGCAAUAAGUGAAGCCGGUGAUACGAUCGCGGAGUAUGUAGACUCGUACUACACGAAUGACUUUCUUAUCGAUACUUACACUCGCGAAGUUAAUAAUCUCCCGCCGAGACGCCAGUGGUUGGUUCCCGAGCACAUCGCUGAGCAGGUUGUAUUACCUCUGAUUGUAAAAGGUCAAGCGGGGCGCCCAAAAGAAGGUAGACAUCGAGGCGGUGGUGAAGGCACCAGCACACAAGCCGAUGAGUCUUCUAGUAUCAGGCGUCGUAAACCAAAGAAGUGCAGCAUCUGCCAUGAAGAAGGACACAGCAAGAGAACGUGCGCUGGCAGGGCGACUGAGCCCAGGGAGUAGUGGGAUCCAUUUGUGUGCUGUAACAG